AUGUCUGAGCGAGGCGCUUUUCGCGGCCGAGGCGGUGGCAGAGGAGGCGACCGCGGUGGAAGGGGCGGCGGUCGUGGAGGAGGUGGAGGAGGUGGAGGCGGCGGAGGAGGAGCUCACGCUGGCGGCCAGACGGAGCGCCCCAAGAAGGAAAACAUUCUCGACUUGAGCAAGUACAUGGACAAGCAAAUUACUGUCAAAUUCAGUGGAGGCCGAGAAGUCAUUGGCACAUUAAAAGGCUACGACCAGCUUAUGAACCUUGUCCUCGACGAGGUCAAAGAGGCUCUUACAGACGAGGAUGGCAACAUCCGAUACCGCAAACUCGGCCUCAUCGUCGCACGCGGUACCCUGCUCGUCGUCAUCUCCCCCGUGGACGGAAGCGAAGAAAUCGCCAACCCUUUCUUGCAGGAAGAAGAGUGA